ACAUUAAUACGUACACAGCUGUUCAAAAUGUUGUUUUUUUUUUUUACAUUCACUGCGCACACCCACACUGCGCAGAGUGAGAUAACAACCAGAUAGCUUGGUAUAAAUACACCUACACACACGUUGGUCAGUUGGGUCAGUAAGACAAAGAUGGAGACUUUUUUGCCAAGUUCAGUAGUGUUGCUGCUGUUGUUUGCUUCUGGAGGUAGGUGGUUGCAAUACUAUGCUUCGAAUCUUUUGUUUAACAAUCACAACGAGAGCAACAAAAUAUCACGGUAAAAUACCUUUGAUUACGGUUGCCCGGGAGACGGGACACGCUCAUGACGUUUGUGUCGAUUAAAACUAUUGUUCCACGGAAGAUUGAGAUUUGAAUUUUUAAAAUCGUGUGUAAAUUAUGUUUAAGUAAAUUUAGUUAAAUUUUGAUUUUUAACAUUAAGGGAAACUAUACUAAUAGAAUGAACGUUUCUACUACAUGCGGAUAACACAAGACUUUCUAAUUGGAGUGAAUCGCCAGCGCCCUGGGCAAGAUAAGAAUAAACAAAGGUGUUGGAAGGGGGUCGCAUGGUUGGGGGGACGAUCCGUCCCGUGCAGUGUAGAUUAGUACUCACUGUAGUCAAAAGAUUUGAAUUGGAUGUAGAUGAAACUUUAAUAUGUUUCAUUUUUAUUAAUUUUUGAAACAUUUUUUUUCAGCUCAAACUUUCUUUGCGUAAUGCAUUUUAAGAAAUUUUAAAUAAUCUCCUACUUUAAAAAAAAAAAUGCGUUUUAACUCGUCUUUUAUAGAAAGUCUGAAUAUUUAUUUUUAAAAAAAUAUUUUGUUUUUUGCUACAUGGUUGUAUUAAAAUUGUAAUAAUUAAAUUACAAAAAAAAACAGUAACAUUUUGUUUAAAUUCUCCAAGUCAUUCAGCUCUCAUAUGAGUCUGCCUAGAUACGUAUUAACGUUGUUCACUGAACGAAGCCGACGUAAUGUUGACUCAACUUACAUUUGGUUAGCGAGACCAUCAACUGAGCUAAAAAUAGCCCGUAUUAAACCCCAAAAACAUAAAUAAGACAAACUACCAAAGAAUAUUAAAAUGCGAGGAGAGAGAGAGAGAGAGAGAGAGAGAGAGAGAGAGAGAGAGAGUUUAAAAACACACUAGUACGUUACAAACCGGAAGAACUGUUUUGUUUGCAAGAGCACACUAUUUUUAAAUCAUUCAUAUUAACUUUGCUCUAUUUGAGUGUUCCUUCUUUCAAACUCGGAGUGUGGUAAUAUUCUUGGAAGACUAAAUUAACCACCUUCCGACAAUCUAUCGAGCUGAAACUUGCCACAUAGCAACGUGCCCGAUGACAACACAUUCUAAGAAAUUUCUAUCCCCACCUUCAACCCCAUCAUCCACAAAAUCGGGUUUAUCCUACCUAAACAGGGCAAGAUAAAGGAAAUAUGAUUUGUUCAACGAUUCUGUGCUUUGGUGUGGAAAUUAAUUGUGCAGCUUUGCAUUUGCGACGUAUUUGGAAAAACGAUAAGAUUUAAAUGUAUUUUUGAAGGGUAAAAUGAAGUAAAUAUGAAGCGUUUUUUCACCAGAAGUUAACCUAUUUUCAUAACCGUUCUUUAAUAAAUGAUAAAUGACAUACAGUUAAAUAAAUUAUGCAACAAUAUUUUAAAGGAUUUAUACGCAAAACCUGUGAGUUAGGUAUUAUUUUGUUCAGUAUUAUUUUGUUCAGUAUUAUUUUGUUCAGGAUUAUUUUGUUCAGUAUUAUUUUGUUCAGUAUUAUUUUGUUCAGUAUUAUUUUGUUCAGCAUUAUUUUGUUCAGUAUUAUUUUGUUCAGGAUUAUUUUGUUCAGGAUUAUUUUGAUCAGUAUUAUUUUGUUCACUAUUAUUUUGUUCCGUAUUAUUUUGUUCAGAAUUUUUUUGUUCAGUAUUAUUUUGUUCAGUAUUAUUUUUUAUAUAUUUUUUUUUCUUCUCUUCUGAAUGGUUUUGUGAGAGACUAAUCCAGUGGUCAUUUUGCUACACAACCGACUUAAACAUUGGCCUGAAACCACCAAAUUUAAAGAUAAAUUAAAUAGGCUUGUUAAAUCAUGUUAUUCCUCAUUGAAUCUUACAGCCUCUGGUCUCCAGUUGUUCAACAUCCAGCCAGCCAACAUAGUCCUUGGCAUUACACCCCGAUUAGACCUGAAAUGCUCCUUUACUUUUGGAGCGGGCGACAAUGUCUCCACUCUUGUCUCGCUCUUCAUAUCACGCUCCAAUGACCCGGAAUACACGGUGUACCAGGAAAUCGCGUCAAUCAACACAUUUUCUGGCCAUCUUGUCGACAUCAGCCACGGCAACGCGAGCCUUUCCGGCGUCAUCAACAACGGCAGCGGAGAAUCUUUCAUCUCCAUGCAAUGGAGGUUCCCAGGACUGCAGGAAACGGGGCUCUACAAGUGUGUGGCCAACGGCAUGGACGCUGCAGGACACCCUCUGAGCGUGACGUCUAUAAGCGAAGUCACGAGUGAACAGCCAACUAUGAGUUCUAUGAUUGAGGCCAUCCGAAAUCUCGAAAUAAACACGGCUCGUGCGUUGGACAACAUUUGCAUAUCAGGUAUUCACGCAUUUUACUGAAUAAAUAAACAAACAAUAAUAUACUUCUUCAGUAGAACAGUAGAACAGUUACAAAUCAUUUUUACGAAACAGGUUCGGGAUAAAAGACAUCAACUGCGAAUGCAAAGAACUUUUCUAUUUAAACCUUAUUAAAUUCUGUUUCUAUUUUGAGCCUCUUUAAAUGAUGAUGAUUUAUAUAAUAUCGCUUGUCUUAACAACCAAAAAAAAAAAAAAGCAACGUUUUUGGUUUGUUAAAAAUUAUUAAGGAACAAAAUUGUAUAAAGUUAUAGUCUUUCUGAAUUGUUAUUAUUUUUAAUCCAGAUUGCUGGCAGAAUCGUCUGGAUCAGAUGAAACAAGCGAGAUUUACCGUGUCAACUCUCUAUAAAGGUCGGAGAUAUCUUUUGUCGAAAUUCGACCGUGGUGUUUCUUCCCCGUUGGCGGAGGAGUCGUGUGAACUGUACGGCGGUUAUUUGGCCGAGUUUGACGACAACGACGAACUCCUUUUCGUGCAAGGCUUCCUGAGGGCGAACAGCGACUCUGAUCACAAAAUGGUCAGAGUCGGGGGCACGGACGAGGGUCACGAGGGCACCUGGGUUUACCAGCGAAACAACAAGCCGAUGGCCUACACGAAAUGGGUACCAGGUGAGCCGGACGGCAAGUCUCACGCUGACUGCGUGUACCUGUGGGCGGACCACGAGUGGCUGAUGGACGAUACCCCAUGCAGUCUCUUUGACCCAUAUUACAUUGCACGAUACUUAUGUGAGGUACCAGAGUAAAAUGGAGAAAUUACCUUUUAUGAAUGUAUCAAAAGAAGUGUAGUUUAUCUCUAAUCUUGUAUAUUAAUGAAUAAACAGAUUGAACACCCUUUUCAUGUUUAAUUCAGUUGUCAAAGCAAUGAAAGCAAAACCUAAGAGUGGUAAGAAGUUUGGGAAGAAACAUAGAAUAACAUAUCAAUGAGACGGAUCCAUACAAAUGAGUCGGGCAAGGCCGUAGAUAUGUACUGGAGAGAGCAACAGACAUUUACUGGCAAGAGCCAUAGGCAUGGAAUUGAGGUCAGAGUCAUAGAUAGAGAUAGUCGGACAGAAUGAUAGGCAUGGACUGUACCAUAGGUUUGGUAUUGGACACUACCAUAUGCUUUGUAUUGGACAGUACCAUAGGCCUUUUUUUGGGGACAUGUUACGUACUGUUAUAAGGUUUCUACUUUGUAACUGGCGGUUGGUAUAAUAUUUAAAGAGUUCAUUUGUUUUAAAUUAGUUUUUAUAUAGAGGAACUAUGCGUAACAAAGGACUGAAGGAUCGGUAAGCGACAAGUACAGCCCUGCAACACAAUGUCGUGCAAUCCUCCAUGCAAAACGGAAAUAGAGACCGAUUUAAAGUCUCGGCCUCCCUACAUAUCCCUGAAGGUAGAGGAUUCGAGCUAUUUCAUGACACACUGAUUUUCUAGAGCAGAUUCCCAAAGUUCAAACUCUCCCACCCAAGGUCGACUGAGGCCAGAGGAAGGGAGGGAACCGUCACCGCCCGGUAAACACAGGUCAAAAAAGAAAUAAAAUGGCUGGGGAAAUGACGUACGCUGGAUUAGCGAAAAGUAUAUCAUCAAGUUAGGUGGCAAAUAUAAACAAGAAAAAUGAGUUUGGAAUUGGGGCAUAAUCAUAUUAAUCAUAGGUAUUGUUUUGACAGUCCCGUAGGCAUUACAUUAUUGCAGAAGCUUAGGCAUGAUAUUAGGUCAUAGCCCUGUGUUUUGCAUUGGAAACUGCCAUAGGCAUAGUUAUCAGGCAGAGCAAUUGACAUUGUUUUGGGUCAGAGCCAAAACCAUGGUAUUCUUGAAGAGCAAUCGCAACCGUAAUGCAAUGGGACAGGUGCAAAGAUAAGAUUAAUUUAUUGAUCGAAAUAAAAGGAAACGUUUUAAUUUUAAUCAAAUUUAUAUAUUUAUUUACACACACAUAAAUAAAUACACGUUUUAUAAACAAGACAACACUUUAUACAAUUACAACAAUUUUAACGCACAAGACGUUUAAAGUAUUUCUCUGGUUUAAAGUUAAGCCAUCAUGUAACACAAAUAACGUUGUUGGAUCAAAAGGUUGUCACCAAGUUUCGUAUUUGUUGGGGAAUUUCGUGGAAACGUCAGAGAUUUUAAAUGAGAUAUGAAAUAGAAUGAUAGCGGCCGCGUGAUCUUUUACAAUUAUCAUAUAUCGUAGACACACAGAGUUCAUUGUAUUGCGUUGUUGUAUCAACAUAUUUAAACAUUAUAUUUAGUUGUUUUUUUUUUAAAAGUAAACCCCAUCUUUUUUCUUAUUUUUUAACACGAAGACACCGAAUCGUUUAUACAAAAAAAAAAAAAAAAAAAACAAAAAACAAAAAAAACAAAAAAAAAAACCAAGACUCGUAUACGAGUUCAAAUGGUCAUCUUCUUGGUGCACAUAAUACUAUAAAAGCAAUACUAAGAUGUUUUCAGAUGGCUUAUACCACAUUAAAUCAUCGUGGUCUUACCCUCCCUUAGAGCAUUUGAGGAGGUAAUUCUUCCCUUGACGCAUUGAAGCAUCGGUUAUCUUAGCUUUGUUAACAUAGUAAACACAAACAGCUAGUAAACAAAAACCAGAAACACAUAGAUUGAUGUUUAUCAUAGAUACAGCUGAGUAACAAAACAAGACAAAAAAUGUUUAUUAUUUUCUAAUCAAACUAUAAUGACGAUGUUUGAGUAGAUUACUGCUACUUUAAUUAAUCUCAUUGUUUACGUUUCGUUGCUAUGUUAAACAAUCGCUAGAUAACUAAACAGUACACUGGAAAGAAAAUAUAAAGAAAACUUCAAGGAAAUAUAAAAGGAAAACCAAAGCUAUUGAACUGCAAAAUAAAAUUUAAAAGAAAAAAGUAAUUAUUCUACGGUUAUUUAUUUGGGCAUUUUUUGUAUAGCGCUGACCUUACAGCUCUAAGCAAUAUACAAUUAUUAAAAAUAUGUAAACUAUUUAAACUGCUAAAGUAAAAUAAAAAUGAAAAACCAGAGACACUAGAAUAGUAACUACAGUGUGAAAAAUGACUAUAGAAACAGUAGCUUAAACAUUAAAAUGUCUAUAAAAACGAGUAUAUGUUGGCACGUUUUGGCCUAUACUACAGGAUCAACUCGAGACAGAAAUGACAACAUAAAUAAAAAUAUAUCAUUUAGUACUGUGUAUCCCAAAGUGGUUUUUCCGCAGAAAAGCUCCGGUCCACGACGAGCCUUAAGUUUCCGGUCCGCACAACGUGAGACAAGAAACUGGAUAAAAGAUAAAUAAAGUUAAAAAGCAAUUAAUUACAAAAUAUUUUUAAAAAAUUGUUUGUUGAAGACAUGCGAUUGCGUGAUGAAGACAUGCGAUUGCGUGUUGAAGACAUGCGAUUGUGUGUGGAAGACAUGCGAUAUUGUGUUGAAGGCAUGCGAUUCUGUGUUGAAGACAUAAAAUUGCCCUAAAUCAAUUCUCGCUAUAUUAUAUACAGCUUGUUUAUAGACGCUUCAAAUGUCCGCAAACACAGUUGGUAACAACAAAGAAGUUUACUUACUUCAGAUUAUCUUUCGUAUGAAAAAAAAGAAAUUAUAUCUGGACACUUAUCUCAACUCUUUAUCACACUGCUACGAAACUCUGUCUCACUCAGCUCGAAUCUUCUUCUUGGUCAACCGAUCGCGUCGAAAAAAACACGUUAAGUAAAAGGGUAAGACUUCAGUCUAGAUUACUUUUUAACUUUCCCAAACGCAUAUCAUUGUGUUUGAUAAUCACCAUAGUGUAUAGCUACUGAUUAUGGAUUUGUUAUCUUUUGGUAUAAAACAACAUCUGACAGGGGGCGUCAUCGAUGCAAAGGGAAAAAAAAGAUGGCUAAUUUCAUGUUAGGUGCAGCAGCUCUGCUGAUUUUCUCUUAUUCAGGUAUCUGUGUUUUUUCUUCUCGUUAAUAUAAAGUUACAAUGUUUUAACGUGACAAUUGGUGCCGCAUUAACCUAAAGGCAAUUAAGGCACGCGCUUUGGGGUGGGGGGGGGGGCACUCGAGGGAUAGUUGUCAUGGGAUGAUGAGAGGAAAGAUGAUAGAAAGAAAUCAUUUUACAUUUUCAACGUUUGACAAAGGAGUUGGCUGGAAUUGUCCACAUGGUAAUAAAAAACAAGUUUACAAUGUUUUAACGUGACAAUUGGUGCCGCAUUAACCUAAAGGCAAUUAAGGCACGCGCUUUGGGGUGGGGGGGGGGGCACUCGAGUGAUAGUUGUCAUGUGAUGAUGAGAGGAAAGAUGAUAGAAAGAAAUCAUUUUACAUUUUCAACGUUUGACAAAGGAGUUGGCUGGAAUUGUCCACAUGGUAAUAAAAAACAAGUUGAAACGGGAUAAUAAAAUUAAAAACAAGGAAUUCGCUCGUAAAAAAAUUCCAAUGCAUCGGCACUGCAGGAAAAUGAUAAUUUUGAAGAUAAACUGUUAAUUCGGUAAUUUUAUGCAGAAAAUCUUGAGUGGCCCCAAAAAUUCAACUGCCUAGGGGCCCCCGGACGAUUUAGUCCGGCACUGUUUACAAUGUUAAUUAGUUUCGCAUAAACUUUCAGAUUAACAGACCCUAAUUAGUCACACAAAAAUGCAUCUGAAAAAAUUAAACUUUGUUUAAAUAGAUUUGAUAUAAUUAAAUACACAUGUAAGAAAUUCUUUUUGAAAAUAAUAAAGAAUGAAACAAUUCAUAAAAUAAUUCACAAAUACACAAUUUUUACAGAAUAUUUUUUUUAAUAAAACAAUUAAUCGUCAAAAUUUUGUCUUAAAAAAUCAGCUACCGGACUUCAGUUCGACGUCCAACCCACAAAGAUUGAAAUAGGUCUUUCUACACGCUUUGACAUCGUCUGUUCUUUUAACCAUGGAACUGACAAUGAGAUGUCCAGCUUGGUGUCGCUCAUUGUAUCCCGCUCUAAGGACACCACAAACGUGGGUUAUCGUGAGCUAGCUUCCAUCGACGCAUUUUCUGGUCGUGUGACUGACUUGGUCCAAGGCAACGCUACCCUUUCCGGUGCCGUCAACAACAUGGGGGUGUCCUACCUCAGGCUGGAGUGGAAGUUCCCGGACGACGAGGUGUCGGGUCUCUACAGGUGUGUCGCCAACGGCAUUGACGAAACAGGACACCCCAUCAGUGUCAUGUCCACAAGUCUGGUUACAAGUGAGAUCCCGGGUACCAGACAGUUGGUGCAAGUGGUCCGUAAUGUCUUGCUCAACAUGGACUACGCUUUGGAAAACAUGUGUAUAUCAGGUAGAGAAAAAUCUAUUUUUAGAUGAUAAAUCUGCAUCAAUCAGUGUCAAGUAAUGUUACUUACCGUAUUCCGGUGUUACAAAUAUAAUCUUCUUUAAGAUUUAUCUCGUUAGAUUACUAACACGUAACGGAGAACUGAAAAAAACUAUAGACAACGAAAAACGAUACCAAAGCAAACAAUAGAUGAUUUAAUUAUACGGUGCUGUGUGAAAAAGAUAACACUAGCCAGGUACAAACAUUUGUACACACGCAUAAUCACAACUCAUGUCAGUCUUCUAAAGCUGCAGAAAGUCUUGUAAGUCUCAUAAGUCUGACGGUCACAGUCACCGUCGUAUUUAUUGUGAUGAGGUCAGAAAUCCACCCAGAACAGAAUUUAGAAAUUCCAUCGUCGCAGAGGAUUUCUUGCCUCUACGUAGAAAUUCUAAACAAGCGUUCCCAAUAAAGGGUGGUUUUGAGGGGGGGGGGGUGGGGGUGGUAGCACGUGUAUCCAAGUUAUUUUGUGACUUCAGUAACAAACAAAAAAAGUUGGGGGGGCGGGGCGGAUGUAAGUGUGUAAUGCCACGGUUCCACAUGAUGCAAGGUGAAUAAAACUAGGUCAAUUCGCAGAGGAUUUCUUGCCUCUACGUAGAAAUUCUAAACAAGCGUUCCCAAUAAAGGGUGGUUUUGAGGGGGGGGGGGGUGGGGGUGGUAGCACGUGUAUCCAAGUUAUUUUGCGACUUCAGUAACAAACAAAAAAAGUUGGGGGGGCGGGGCGGAUGUAAGUGUGUCAUGCCACGGUUCCACAUGAUGCAAGGUGAAUAAAACUAGGUCAACACACACGCUAUAACAGACGAGUGUAUACUUUCACUUGUAAUCUCUAAUUUAAAACUGCUUUGAAGUUGUUAUCUAUUCAAUAUGUUCAAUAGGAAAAAAAUAACAAAUGACCUGAACUUAUGUGUAUUUUGGAAUUUAACAUAAAGAUAUAAAUAUAUUAUUGGCAUAGGUUUCUGAAGUAAACAUGAUUUCAACAAUGGGAGUCUGUGGUGACGUAGGCUAGGCAAGUUCAUAAUAAACCAAAGCUUUCGAAAUCUGAAAAUCAAAUAACUAGAUGUAGAUGUUUUUUUUUGAGAAUCAAACCCGAAUAGAAAACUAUAAAAUUAAAUCUUCUCAAUAGUCUAAACAAUGAGCCAAAACAAUUUUUUUUGGAAUAGCUUACACGAAAAGAUUUAAAGACAAGUGUCUAGUAUUUCUUUCCGAUCGUAAAUGAGAUCAUCCAUCCAAGUGGCAUUAGAACCUAUUUAGGGCUUUGGCGUUGCUCCCAACUUCCUUCCACUCACACCUCGUCGAUCUGUUUUGUCGGAAUCAACACUGGUAGUCACCUAAAAUUUUUUCAGUAUACGUUUUUUUAGUAUAUGUUACCUUAAUUUUGUCAGUGUUUUGUAUAUUAUAAUGUGUACGGAAAUUCCACUGUAGUAUGCCAUAUUGAAGUUUGGACAUUGUCUUGUAUAUUGGGUUUAUUAAUGCUGAUUACGAUUCUUUUGGAAUUUUAUUCUUUGGUAAUUACAGUUUUAUGUGUCUGAGUAAGUAAUUCUCUUCCUCCAUAUUUAAUGAGUUCCCUAUGUAUGGGUAAAAUUUCUUAAAAAAUAUAGGUUUUAGUCCUCCAUUUGGUGGUUCAUAUUCUUCAUCAUGUCCAUUCUCAUCAUUUUAGUAGUCCUAAAAAUUUUCACCCCACCUCUCAAGUUCUUUACAAUUUUCCGUGAUUAAUUCUCCAUCUCUGCUCGCACACAUUUAGGGCAUUGGCCUGGCUCACCAUGUUCUUCCACUCCGACCUCACAUUCAUCCAUGUGGUGUUACAGAUCGUGUAAGCCUUUGGCCUGACUAACCACUUUCCUCUUCACAAUAGAAGAUCUGACGUGGUAUACUUUUUUUUAUAGGUACUAAAUAUUGGAUGUCAUUUUCGUGUAAGCUCAUUAUUUUUUGUAUGCUUAUUUUAUCUCUAAACUAUUCUAGGAUGUUGGCAGAGUCGGUUGGAACAGAUGAGAAAAGCGAGGUUUGAAAUAUCCUCUUUGUACAACGGUCACAGAUAUCUCUUGUCUAAAACUGCCAACCUUGCCUCCGUGGCUGUGGCCCAAGAAUCAUGUGAACUCUAUGGAGGUUACCUCGCUGAGAUUGAUGACGACUUCGAGCUGUUAUUUGUACAAAACUUUACUAAAUCAGCCCCAGGUAUCGACUAUACCAUGGUUUUAAUUGGAGGAACAGAUUAUGGUCACAAAAAUCAUUGGGUUUUUGAUCGCAAUCUAAGAAACGUCACCUACACCAAAUGGAUAGCCGGAAGGCCAUCAACUACUGCUAACUAUAAUUGUAUAUACCUAGCAGCACCUACUUGGGCAAUGUCCGAUUAUAUAUGCUUUGAAGUCACAAGAACAUAUAAUACUAGAUACAUAUGCGAGGUGCCUGAGGAAUGAAAGCUCAAGAAAUUGUGAUUUUUAAUGUGCAUACAAAUUUAAUUUAUCUAAUUUACUACAUUUUAAUUAUUUUUUUUAAAUCCUAUUUUUAAUGACAAUUUUUUUUUUCAAAAAUAUUUGUAUGUUCUAUUUUUGAUCAAUGGAAACAAAAAAUGAAUUAGAAACGAGAUGAAAAACAUUUGUGUCAGAAACUCUUUAUGGGGAAUCAGAAGCUUUAAAAAAAAUGUAUUUCCAAAUCUACGCUGUCUCUUGUUUAUCAAAUAAAGGAAGCAUCUAGCUAAGUGGUUCUUAACGUGGGUUCGAUCGAACCCCAGGGGUUCGGUGAGCCAGUCUCAGGGGUUCGGCGGAGGUCCCCCCCCAAAAAAAAAUCAGAAAAAAAAAUCAUAUUUUAUUUUUCCUAUAAAGAAGGUGUGGGUGAGUGCAGUCCCCUUAUAUAUCAUCCCUUAUUCUAUCCCCAGAAAAGCUUGUCGCAUUAAUUACAUAUUUUUUUGAUUCAAUUGAUCUAAUGUCUUUUAUGCCAAUAUAAGAUUUAUAAUAUAAUAAUAAAUACGAUAUUAUAUGUUUUUAUGACACCAGAGAAACACGUCUCUCCAUGUAAAUUUAGAGUGAAGCCUUUAAAAGCCAAAUAAAAUACAAGAUUAUAAUACUAGCAUUUCGUCAUUAAUUGCCUAAUAUUUUGAUAGUCGUUCUUUAUACAGGAAUUUAUCCCCCCAAAAAACUGGGAUAAGUGUGAAAAUGUUGACCCUACUUGUCUUAUAAUAAACUAAUGAUUAAAUUACCAAACAGAAUGGAGACGAAUGAUAUAUUUUUUGCACACCAGACACAUUCAACUAACAGAACUAUGACCUAGUUUAAUCAAGUAAAUCGUGCUCACGAAACUAACUGAUAUGAUAAUCUCCAAUUGGACUCGAUAAGUUAGCAUCUCCCAGUAACAUACACACUUUAAAACACUUUAUCUUCUGGCAGGUGUAUUAUAUUCAUAUAUAUUCAGUUUAAGAUAUACUGAUAUAUUAUAUGACUAUUAAGUAGCGGUAGAACAGACGUAAUCUGGUGUUUAUGUGUGUUUAGACAAACCAAGUUCAUUGAAACAUUUGUCUGCUAGUUGCGUUCCCUGUUUACGAUUGAUACACCUUUAUUUCAAUGGGUAUUUUGUUGUUUUUGUUGUUGAUCUGUCUGAUUGUACUGUUAAGGUGUCUAAGAAAGGGGUAUCGGGAAGGUGUCUGGUGGAGGUGUCUGGUGAAGGUGUCUGGUGAAGGUGUCUGAUGAAGGUGUCUGGUGAAAAUGUCUGGUAAAGGUGUCUGGUGAAGGAGUCUAGUGAAGUUGUGCAUUGAAGGUAUCUAGGGAAGGUGUCUAGUGAAGGUGUCUGGUGAAAGUGUCUGGUGAAGGUGUCUGGGGAAGGUGUCUGGUGAAGGUGUCUGGUAAAGUUGUUUGUUGAAGGAGUCUAGUGAAGUUGUGCAUUGAAGGUAUCUAGGGAAGGUGUCUAGUGAAGGUGUCUGUUGAAGGUGUCUUGUGAAGGUUUCUAGUGAAUGUCUCUAGGUAAGGGGUCUCGGGAAGCAGUCACGGAGACAUAUGCGAUAUGCCUUAGAGUUGCUGCUACAGGGGUUUGCCGAAGGCUCCCGAGUGAAAGUUUGGGACACGGGAGGGAAUAGGAUCAACAAGCCUCUCUCCCCCACCGAAAUUAAGUUAUAAAUCUAAAAAUGCGUGUAAGCAUUUUGGUGUUAUUCCUACCAGCGUUGAACACAUAUUAUUAAAUAAACGAAUUAAAAAAAAAACAAAAGAAAAUAUUUUCGCAAAAAAAAAGACAGUUUUCUCAUAAAAAAAUAAAUAUUUGUUUUUAAAUUAAAAAAAAAUAGCAAGAAACUAUGCAGUUUUCAUCAUAAUACAGCUGGAACUAAAUAUAAAUCAGUAAACUGAAAGUUUCGUUUGGAAUUUCAAACACAACUGCUAGAACUUUCUUCAGAUAAAUUACACAUGAAAAAAUAUAUGGCAGUUCUUAAAAAAAAGAUAUUUGUUGUACUUUAACAUAUUUUGAGGGUGAAACCCUAUAAAGGGUGAGUUCUUACAGAAAGAUGAGAACCUACGGAAAGAAGAGGCCCUAUAAAAGGUUGAGGUCCUAUUGAAGGGUGAGACCCUAUAGACGUGUGAGGUGCUUUAGUAAGAUGAGGUGCUAUAAAUGCGUGACCUGCUAUAGAAGGCUGAGGCACUCUAGAGGGCUGAGGCGCUAUAGAAGACUGAGGCGCUAUGAAAGGUGAGGCGUUAUAGAAGCGAGAGAUGUCAUAGAAGGCUGAGUCACUAUAAAUAAAUUGUCGCAUUAAAGAAGGGCGAGCUGCUAAAGAAGGCUGAUGCGCUAUAGAAGGCUGAUAUGCUAUCGAAGGCUGAGGCGCUAUAGAAGGCUGAGGUGCUAUAGAAGACUGAGAUGCUAUGAAAGGCUGUGGCGCUAAAGAAGGCUGAUAUGCUAUCGAAGGCUGAGGCGCUAUAGAAGGCUGAGGCGCUAUAGAAGACUGAGAUGCUAUGAAAGGCUGUGGCGCUAAAGAAGGCUGAUAUGCUAUCGAAGGCUGAGGCGCUAUAGAAGACUGAGAUGCUAUGAAAGGCUGUGGCGCUAAAGAAGGCUGAUAUGCUAUCGAAGGCUGAGGCGCUAUAGAAGGCUGAGGCGCUAUGAAAGGCUGUGGCGCUAUAGAAGGCUGAGGCGCUAUAGAAGGCUGAGAUGCUAUGAAAGGCUGUGGCGCUAUAGAAGACUGAGAUGCUAUGAAAGGCUGUGGCGCUAAAGAAGGCUGAUAUGCUAUCGAAGGCUGAGGCGCUAUAGAAGACUGAGAUGCUAUGAAAGGCUGUGGCGCUAAAGAAGGCUGAUAUGCUAUCGAAGGCUGAGGCGCUAUAGAAGGCUGAGGCGCUAUGAAAGGCUGUGGCGCUAUAGAAGGCCGAUAUGCUAUCGAAGGCUGAGGCACUAUAGAAAGGUGCGGCGUUAAAGACAGCGUGAGGCGCUAUAAAAUGAUGAGGCCCGAAAGAACAGUGAUGCCCUAUAAAAUAGUGAGGUGCUAUAAAUGGAUGAGGUGCUAUAGAUGGGUGGGGCGCUAUAGAUCGGUGAAGUUCUAUAGAUGGGUGAGGCCCUAUAGAAAGAUGAGACGCUAUGAAAGGGCAAGCUGCUUCAGAAGAGUGAGGCGGUAUAGAAAGGUGAGGCUCUAUAUAAAGGACAAGGUGCUAUAGAAAGUUGAGGUUUUUUACAGAAAGAGGAGGUGCUGUAUAACUGUAAAGCUCCAUAGAAGUGUGAGGCGCUAGAACACUGUCUAGUUUGAUGAUGCCUGAAGACGGCACUUCUUAUAGCAGCGGUGUUCAUUUGUUCGUCUUUUGCCGAGGUUUUGAAAUCCAACCUUAUUGUUUGUGUGCUAUCUUAAGAUGUUGACACUCAGCCACACGUCCAUCUUCCCUGAGGAAUUUUGUCUUCCUAGCUAUAUGUAUUAUAUGUCUCGACCUGGGAUGGCUCUGGAUAAACAGAUUACAAAAUGCAAAGGUUGGAAAUGUUUGCCCCCCCCCCCACCUUACUUUUACAAUAUGGUUAAGUCUUUUAGGGAAAGAAAUUAUGCUCUAUUAACUAAACUUAACUAGUUUUUAGCUUUGAUUAUAUUACAUGUAUGUGCACGCCCCCUUCGAUCACAGUCAGAUAACAUUGAUAUCUUGUUAUAUAUACAAUCUUUACCGUAACAGUGGGCAGUUUCUUUUCCGUAAGAAGACAAUGAUGGAAACUUUAUUGUUGAUUUCGAUGACGUUACUUCUUUUUGCCUCUAAGGGUAUGUAUUUAAAAUAUAGUAGGUUUCAAAUGACACGUUUGAACUAAAAGCCAACAAAUUCAUUUUUGUUUGUGUGUGUUUUGUGGAAAUUCGUAUGUAUUAUCACGCGAUACCAGUAUAUCAAACUAUAUUUCAACUAUGUUUGGUUUUUCCGAAGCUAAGAUUCAAUGUUCGUGGAUGAUGCAAAAAUUUCGACAUCCUAAGGACCCCCGGGGGCCUUAGUCAGGCAAUUUUUACAAUAUUUUUUAGGUUUCCAUACACUUAGAAAUAAUUUCGACAAGAAAAAGUCGAAAUAAUAAAAAAAAUCAGCCAAAAAAAAAAAAAAAAAAAAAAAAAAAAAAAAAAAAAAAAAAAAAAAAAAAAAAAAAUAAAGAAAAAAUUGAUAAAAAAAAAAAGAAAAAAAAAAAAAAAAAAAACCAAAAAAAAAAAAAAAAAAAAAAAAAAAAAAAAAAAUUAUUACAAAAAAAGUAAUUGCAUUUCAUGUUCUUCGUUUUUGAAAAAAACAAACAGCAACCGGACUUCAGUUCAACGUCCAACCGACUAAGAUUGAAAUAGGUCUCUCUACUCGCUUUGACAUCGUCUGUUCUUUCAACCACGGAACUGACAAUGAGUUGUCCAGCUUGGUUUCGCUCAUUGUAUCUCGCUCAAAAAACACAACAUAUGAGGAUUAUCGCGAGCUAGCUUCCGUUGAUGCGCUGUCUGGCCACGUGACGGUCAUGGUGCAGAGCAACGCAACCAUUUCCGGUGCCAUCAACAACCGCGGUGUGUCCUAUCUCAAGAUGGAGUGGAAAUUUCCGGACGACGAGGUGUCGGGUCUCUACAAAUGUCUCGCCAAUGGCGUAGACGGAAGUGGACAUCCCAUAGGUGUCGUGUCUACAAAUCAGGUUACAAGUGAGAUACCGGAUGUCAGACAGUUAGUAAACGUGGUCCACGAUGUCUUGAUUAACAUGGACUCCGCUUUAGGAAACAUGUGUAUAUCAGGUAUGUAAUAGUGUAUGAAAAAUAAAAUAUAUGAUAAAUCAGAACCAAUUGGUACAGAUGACGUAAGUACUUUUGCUAGUAAUAUUACAUUAAAAAUAUUUUAAAGGUGAUUCUCUACUCCAUAAUAUCGGCUAGGAAAAAUUAACAAAUUACCUAAGGUUAAUAUGAAUUUUUAAUUUAAUAUAAAUGUUUAAUUAUUUGUGGGGCUACAGCAUAUGUCUUUGUCCAGCCUCAUCAUCAUUUUUUUUCAAUAUAGACGACCACCUCUUCCUGUGUCGCAACAGCUCUAAAAAAGCUUUAGUCUGCCUCGCAACUUCCUUUCACUCCGAACUCCCAUCCAUCCUUGUUUCGCUACAGCCCGUUUAGAGAUUUAGCCUCACUCACCUCUUCCUUACACUUAUUCCUUUCAUCUCUAACUGUGUCGCUACAGCCCGUUUAGGGCUUUGGCCUGCCUCACCACUUUCUUCUACUCCUACCUCCCAACAAUCACACAUGUUGCUACAGUCCGUUUAGGGAUUUAGCCUACAUCACAACUUUCUUUCUUUAAUUCCUUCCACCCUUAAGUGUGUAGCCUCAUCCCUUAUAGAGCUUUGGCCUGCCUCACCACUUCCUUCCACUCAGACCUUCUAUCCAUCCCUGUGUAGCCACAUCCCUUAUUGAGCUUUGACCUGCCUAACCACUUCCUUCAACUCAAACUUCCCAUCAAACCUUGUGUAGCCACAUUCCGUAAAGAGCAUUGAUCUGCCUAACCACUUGCUUCCACUCAAUUCUCCCAUCCUCUCUUAUGUAGCCACAGCUCGUAUAGAGCUAUGGCCUGCCACACCGCUUCCUUCCAGUCAGACAAUAUUGAUGUUUCUUCUUUCCAUGCUUCGAUUCCAUGAUGCUGUACAUAUUUUUUCCAAAUCGUUAAGAAAUUGAAGUCAAAGUUUAUGUGUCUUGGUGUGUUGUUCCAUUCCUCCAUAUUUGAUAAGUUCUGCCGUGAUGAGAUUUUCUCCAUGGGCUUGUGGUUUAUCAGAGUUCAUUGCUUCCUUAGUUUCUUCCAAAAUUGGGGUCUGGGGGUUAUUAAAGCUUCUGGUUCUACAUAAUGUGGUUAAAUAUCAUUGUCUCGUCUAUUGGCUGCAAUAAGUUUUCCCUACAAAUAUCCAGCCCACCACUCCAAUACGUGACUUUUUCCAUAAUUAGUUCUCCACCUUUCCUCUACCCCAUUUGUGGUCUGGCGUGGCAUACAUUAUUUGUUUUACACGUAUGAGGUAUACGAUGUUAUGUCCAUUAAAGCUCAUAACUUUUAUGUAUGUUUAUUAUGUCUCUCAUCUAUUGCAGGAUGUUGGCAGAGCCGGUUGGAACAGAUGAGGAAAGCGAGGUUUGUAAUAUCCUCUUUGUACAAUGGCCACAGAUAUCUCUUGUCUAAAACUGCCAGCCUUGCCUCCGUUGCUGUGGCCCAAGAGUCGUGCGAACUCUAUGGAGGUUACCUCGCUGAGAUUUAUGACGAUUUUGAGCUGUUAUUUAUACAAAACUUUAUCAAAUCACCCCCAGGAAUCGACUAUACCAUGGUUUUAAUUGGAGGAACCGAUUAUGGUCACAAGAAUCAUUGGGUUUACGAUCGCAAUCAAAGAAACGUCACAUACACUAAAUGGAUUCCCGGGAAGCCAUCAACUACUGCUAACUAUAACUGCUUGUACCUAGCAGCACCUACAUGGGCGAUGUCCAACUAUAUAUGUUUUGAAGUCACAAGAACAUAUAAUACCAGAUACCUCUGUGAGGUACCCGAGGAAUGAAAGCUCAAGAAAUCAAGCAUUGGAAAGUCUAUACAUUGUUCUCCUUUCCUUAAAUAUAUAACUUGACAUUAAAAUGACUUAGAAAAUCAUUUUUGAUUUAGUCUCAAUAGAUAUUAUUUUUUAAAGUCAAGAUUGUACGUAUUAUUGAGCACACAAAAAACUUUUAAAUUAAUUGUGAUGUAAAAGAAAAAUAAAUACUAUUAUUUUUUACAGUAUGUGCCAAAAUUAAAUGUGCUGAAAUUUCCGCACCUUGAACGCGUCACAUCCAUUUGAUUUGUCAUCCGUGCACAUCUCUGGACGAUACGUGUUCUUAUGGGUUGUGAUUACGUGUUAUUGUGUAGUUGUGUUUAUUGAAACGAGUCUUUCAAAGCCGAAAAAACGCAUAGAUGAGUUAUCUCUUACUUCAGUGGCCUUGAAGGGGAACACGUUUGGUGGCACUUCCGAGACAUUAUUAAUACAACGGAGCCAAUUAACACGUUUAUGCUGUCUAUUGUUGUAAAAUUUCGAUCUUCUGAUAUUCAAAGGUAGAGGACAAAUUUUCACAUACAUUCCUAUAGCAUUUUGAAUCCAUGAUCAAAAGAAAAACUGUACCAAAGUAAAUAAUCCUGGCUCUCAUAAUAACUUCCUAUAAUGUGUUCCUUUUUUCCCCCUAUUAUGAAGACAUGGCGGCUGGAAUUAUGCAACGUAAGACAACCACAGUGUGUGCUGAAGAGGCGGGAGUGUCCGUGUUUGUCAUUACUGUAUGUUCUCAUUGUAAGUGAACAUUGGUGCUUUGAUUUCUAGCAAAAUUUGUAACCGCUGUAUUUUUAGGGUUUUCCUCUUAGUGGUUAAUGACAAACAAUAUUUUUUUGUGUUCAAAUUUAAUUUGAAAUAUAUUUUUUUUUUAAAAAGGAAGAAAAAAAAUAUGAUGUGCUACAAAACAAGAGACAGCAAUGAAUUAGAUAUGAAUUUAAAAAAACAUAUAAUUUGUCAAUAGUAUUCUAUGUUGGAAACUGAAGCUUUUUUAAUUCAUUCGUAAAUCUAUCCAGUGUCUUUAGUGUCACAUGAAGGAGGCAUCUCUAUAUGAAGGAUGCAUCUGUAGCUAAAGGGGGCAUUUCAAGCUGAAAAAGGCAUAUCUGGCUAAUCUAGCAUCUCUUUCUAAAGGUGGCAUCACUAGCUAAGAAGGCAUCUGUACCUGAAGCAGGCAUCUCAAGCUAAAGAAGGCAUCUCUAGUUAAGGAGGCAACUACCUAAAGGACUCACCCAGCUGAUUGGGGUAUCUUGCCAAAGGAGGCAUCUCUAGCUUAAGGAGAUACCUGUAAAUGAAGGAGUCAUCUCUAGCUGAAGGCGCAUCUCUAACUGAAGGAGGCAUGUCUAGCUGAAGCAGGCAUCUCUUGCUGUAGGCGGCAUCUCUAGAUGAAGGGGGUCAUCUAGCUGAAAUUUUCUUUUAUUAUCUUAUUUCUGUUCAAUCCUUAUUUUUGUUCUAGUCCCACUGUUUUCUCGACACGGCUUGAACUCAGACCUAGCACCCUUUAUUUUUCCCCCGACCAGCAUUUGAAAAUAGUCAAUGGUGUUACAUUAUUAUUAUUUUUUUUAAAAAAUCAAUUGAUCUACUGUACUUUCUGUCAAUUCUAGCAGAUAUUAUACGCCUUUAUUGUUUACGAGACACACAUCCAAACAAGUAAUUUUAGGGUGAAAUGUUCAAAGAUCCAAGAUUAUUAAUUCUGUGUUUGUUCAUUAAUUGCUUUUAUUUUAAACUAAUGUUAUUUAUAAUAAAGUUUCUAAAAAAAUUUGAAAAGUGUGAAAAAUGUCUCUCUAGCUCUCUUAUAAAAAACUAAUAAUGAAAUUAUCAAACAGAAACGAGAUAAAUGAUGUAUUUAGCAAACCAGACACAGUAAACAAACAGAACUAUGGACUUAGUUAAUCAAUUAAAAUAUGUUCUCAAAUCUAACUGAUAAGUUAAAUCUCCAUCUGAAUACGAUAAGCUAGCGUCUACCAGUUCAAUAAAAAAAAAAUCUAUUGAUACAUCUCAGUCUAAGAUAUAUUGAAAUGUGAUAUGAUUUUUAGUUUAUGUAAAACAGACAUAAUCUGUUUAUAUAUAUAUAUUUUUAAAUUUUAUUUUUUAACGUACCUAGUUCUUUAAAACAAUAAUCUACUAGUAGUGCUCAAUGAUUUACGAUUGAGACAUUGAUUUCAGUAGGGAAUGUGUGGGUGUUGUUCUGUAUGAUACCGCUGAGAUAUUUCAAGAAGAUGUCUCGGGAAGGUGUCUCAGGAAGAUAUCUAGGGAUGAUAUCUCGGGAAGAUAUUUCAGGAAGAUGUCUAGGGAAGAUAUCUCGGGAAGAGGACUCGGCAAGAUGUCUCGGAAGAUGACUUUGGAAGGUGUCUCAUGAAGGUGUCUCGGAAAGAUGUGUCGGGAAGAUGUCUCGGGAAUAUGUUUCGGGAAGAUAUCUCGGCGAAGUUUGCGAUCUGCCUCAUAUUUUGCGAAAAAUCUCAUCUCUCUCUUUAUGUUUUCUUGGGGAGCCAGAAUUAUCAAUUCAUUGAUCGUGGGCCCUCAGAAUAAAGAGGAAGAAGAUCGUUAAGCAGCUUACAAUCAGAGUUAAUUUUGAAGAUGUACUUAUCGUUGAAGAUGUACUUAUCGUUGAAGAUGUACUUAUCUUUGAAGAUGUACUUAUCGUUGAAGAUGUACUUAUCGUUGAAGAUGUACUUAUCGUUGAAGAUGUACUUAUCUUUGAUUUGUACUUAUCUUUGAAGAUGUACUUAUCUCUGAAGAUGUACUUAUCUUUGAAGAUGUACUUAUCUAUGAAGAUGUACUUAUCUCUGAAGAUGUACUUAUCUCUGAAGAUGUACUUAUCUUUGAAGAUGUACUUAUCUUUGAAGAUGUACUUAUUUUUGAAGAUGUGCCUAUGUGUUGAAGAGUAACCAUCCAAGGUUGGACAAGAUCCAGCAAACCAGAGUCAGGGUCGACUUAACGGGAAAGGGGGUCACAGGCCCAACAACUCCGCUAUAAACGUUUGAAGUAUUUUUAGAAAUGUAUUCGAAGCCGUGGAAGGAUCUAACACCAUUAUCAGGUGUUUUUUUUUAUUUUUUAUUUCCAGAUAAUUUUAUCGGGCUGGUGGGGGGCGCGGGGCAGGCAAGAUUAAGGCUGUACCAAUGAAAAAAAUAGGUGUGAUGAUACCAGCGCUCAGCUCACCCCAUCAGAUCAAAUAAAUAAUUUUCAUUCUGGUUGUGGCUCCUUUUAGGGUAUCCUUCUGGCCUCAGCAAAGUUUCGCCCCUGGAAUCUACACAAUUCAACAACAUCGACAGUGCGAAAGAAAAAAAAAAUCAUAUUGUUUUCAGUUCAAGUUCAAGAAAAUAAUUUUAAUCACUACAUUCCCUUGUCUUUUGUACAUAAAAAAAAUGAGCAAUUACUAUCAUUUUAAUCGAAGAGUUAUCAGAAAUCUAGGCCACUUAAGGCUACCGAAUGAAAGUGGUGUGGGGGGGGGUAGGGUAUGUGAAAUAGGGCUCAUCAAGUCUAUUCCCGGAAAUUUUUUUACUAUAUCAAAAUGCAGAUUAGCAUUUUGGUCUUUAGUCUAACAGAAUUCAACAUUUAUUUAUUAAUAAAAUAAUUGUCUGAAAACAUUCCCACACAAACAUACCAACAAACCCCUACCCCCCCCCCCCCCCCCCAUGCUUUCAUCAUUAUACAUUUUGAACUCAAAUGAAAACAUAUGUUAUAGAAAUUUCAUUAGGGAAAUUUAAUCAAUAAGAAACAUAAAUGAGACCUGUUGUAAAAAUAUUUGAAAUAAUUUAAGAAAAGUGUCUCUAAAAACCAAAUAUAUCUUUAUAAAUGACGAUUUAGUAAUCAAAAGAAAAAAAAAAUUUUUUUUUUUAAAAUUGCGCCCCCUCCAGCUUUAAAUCGAAUUAAAUUGCCAAAAUAUCUUUCCAUAUCUUUUAACAAGACUGUACUAUUAUUAAAAACUAAGAUCAAUACCUAUUGUACAAAGACCCACCCAUAGUCGCAACAACAAAAAAGACAAACAGCGCUGGACAGGAAUUAUUGAAAGGAUACCGGAUUGUAGAGCAGCAUAAAUGAUGUACAGGCAGAAACCUAGGGGCAGCCGUCUCACCGGUCGGCCAAGACUGAGAUGGAUGGACGAUGUAGAGAAGGAUUUACACCAGUUGGGCAUUCGCGUAUGGAGGCGGAAAGUCAUGCAUCGAUCCAUAUGGUAGGAUACGGUGGAGCAAGCCAGAGCCCUACAUGGACUGUAGCGCCACUGAUGAUGCUGAUAAUGUAACGUUUACAAUAUUGGCUGUAUUAUUCCCCUUGAAGCGCGAGUCCCUAUAGCAGAGUGAGUCGCUUGACAUUUUGCCCAUGCCCUUAAGAGGACACUUCCCAGAAUACCAGUUUUGAUUUAUUUGUCUCAUUAUUGCUAAGGUUUGAAACCCAACCUCCUUUUUUGCACGCUAUCUCAAGAUGUAGACACUGGGCCAUCCGGUCAUCCUUCAAUACGUAUUUUUAAAAAAAAUAGAAUAAUUUUUGUUUAAGUUUAUUUGUAUUUUCCUCUUUAUAUGUCUCGACCUGCGGUUGCUGGGGGUUAACAGCUUACGAAAUAAAAUUUGUGAAUAUAUGGGUCCACCCCCCCCCCCAAUUAUAUUUUAGCGACAUAAUUAAGUUAGUCUCAUUUAAAGAAAUUAUACUCUACUAGUUAACUUAACUUUUGAACUGAUUAUAUCGCAAUCACUGUACCCGCCCCCUUUAUGUUUAUAGUCAGAUAACAGAGACCGAUAUCUUGAUAUAUAUUCAAUGUUAACCGUAACAGUGGACAGUUUUUUUUUCUCCAUUAGAAGACAACGAUGGGCACUUUAAUGUUAGGUACGAUGGUGUUGCUGCUGUCUUCUUCCGGAGGUAUGUUUUUAAAAAUAGUAUGUUUCAAAUGGUACACAUUUAAGAACGGUUAGAAAUAAAUACAUUUCUUUAACAUUGGACGUGUUAGGGGUAUAGCAUGUGUGUCAGAUUACAACAAAGCUUACUGUAGCUUAGAAAGAGUUUGCGACUUCGCCGGUCAGCAUUUCUUUACAAAAUAUGUUAUAUUUAGAGGAGGCACAUUUCGAAAAACUUUCGACACUGUUCAUGGAAAGGGUGGGUGUGUAUCUAAAUGUUUGGCUCGCGAUCUGGUGGCUCCAUCCAUUGCUCCGCCAAAUAUUGUUAAACAUGGUAUCAUAAAAACUUAAACUAAAAAAAAAAAUCAGUUUAUCUACCUAUUUAUUCUAAUUAGACACCAAGACAGACAAAAAUAUCCAGUAGUUUUAGAGAAAACUCAGAUCAAAUGGACGACUAUGGCUGCUAGCGUCUAAUACAAGGUAAAUAUUAUAGUCCACAUUAAACCACUGGCACCCUCUGGCUCCCCCAGAGGCAGUUGGGCAGCUUAGGGCUAGUGAUGGCUGGGGCGGGCCAGGACUUUUGCCUCCCGAAGAAAUAACUCCGUAAUUGUGGAGAAUGAUGGCGAAAUAUACAUAUACAAAGCGCCAGCUGCCUAUUCAACACAACGUUAGCCAGUGCUUCUGGACUUCUAAUCCAGAUACGUAGUUAAGGGUGAGCAGUGGUCCGCCCCCAGAUGGCAAUCUCCUCUUGAUUUUGAGGGUCGGGUAUUUCGGCCAACCGCAAAUCUUUUGUCCUAUAAGGGGAGUGAGGGCGUCGAAAAUAUAAACCACCCCCGUGCGCUCCACUCCUAACGCCGCCACUGGUUUGUCCAUCUCUACCAAAAAAUAAAAUAAUUCUCAACAAAUACAUAUAUUGUAUUUUGAUAAAGUUUACAAGUAUAUUCUUAGAUGCCACUAUGUUACUAUGUUAAACAAUAUUUAACAGUAUUCACAUAUAUAUAUAUAUAUAUAUAUAUAUAUAUAUCUAUAUAUAUAUAUAUAUAUAUAUAUUUAUAUAUAUAUUUUUCUUUUAUAAAUAUAUAUUUAUAUACCAAUAUUUUUAUAUAUUAAAAAAUAUAUAUAAAUAUAUACAUAUAUAUAUAUAUAUAUAUAUAUAUAUAUAUCUAUAUAUAUAUAUAUAUAUAUAUAUUACUAAAUACAUUUGUCUUUUGAAUCUUACAGUUUCUGGACUCCAAUUCAGCGCACAGCCAAACAAUCUAGUCAUUGGAAUUACGCCUCAAUUAGACAUAAAAUGCUCUUUCAAUUUGGGAACGGACCCUCAAGUGUCCACUUUGGUCUCGCUCUUCAUAUCACGCUCCAUCGACCCGGAAAACAUUGCGUUCCAAGAGAUUGCGUCAAUCAACACAUUUUCUGGCCAUCUUGUCGACAUCAGCCACGGCAACGCGAGCGUUUCCGGCGUCAUCAACAACGGCAGCGGAGAAUCUUUCAUCUCCAUGCAAUGGAGGUUCCCAGGACAGCAGGAGACGGGGCUCUACAAGUGUGUGGCCAACGGCGUGGACGCUGCUGGACACCCUCUGAGCGUGACGUCGACAAGCGAAGUUACCAGUGAACAGCCCAGCAUCGGUACGAUGAUAGAGGCGAUCCGUGUUCUCAAUAUCAAAGCGAGUCAUGCUCUGGACAACAUUUGCAUAUCAGGUAUUCUCAAAUGAUACUAACAAGUCAUAUUAUACACCGUCUUAACAGAAGGGUCUUAUUACAACUCUUUCUUGCUAAUCACAUUCAAAAUAAUUCCGUAACAUAUUUCCAAUGACCCUUGGAACCGAUUACCUCAAUAUCAAAUAUGGCUAUUUUGAACGGUUUGAAUGUACAUAUUUGAACUUUUUCAUAACAUUAAACGAUAAGGCUGUUAAAGCUUUUUUUUUUGUUGAGAUAUAUUAUUAUUUUUACAGUUAUAUAAAGAAGAAAAGUUUUGUUUUCUUUUUACUUUUGAAAGUUUUUGUGUGUGUUGUUGCCGUUGCUUUUUUUUACAAUGAAAAAUUUAAACAUCUAUUGGCAUUGGUCACUCUUAUUUUCAGGUAUUAAAAGGUCAUUAUUUAUUAAAGUUAUAGAACACAUUAAAUAAUUCUUCUGUGGGGUACGUCCCUUUUUUUUGUUUUUUGUUAAACAGAGUAGCUUGCCCUUGGACUCCGACUUCUUUUUUUUGCUCAAAUUGGCUUGGUUUCAAAAUCAGGUUUCUUUUUUCUCAACUCGAUGUCAAUAUGUGGAGCAAGCUAAUUAAAACAGACCCAAUAUUAUAGAUAUUAAAACAUUUUCCUUUUAAAUUUUACUCUGAUCAAUUUCUCUCCUUUUGACUGACGGUAUCUUCAUCCAAUCCAUGUUUACUUACUUAAAUCAUGACAAACAGAAAUUAUAUGGAAACGGAACUUAUAUUACUUUGUCCUUUUUUAUCUCCAAAAUUUAAUCGUUUUUUUUUUCGUGUUCGCACCCCACUGGACGUACAUUUAGGUCUUGACAUAUUUGUAUCAUUAAAAUGUACACAAGAGAAUUAAUUUUUUUUUUUUUUAAAGUGUCUAAAGGGCGGCAUUCCCCUUGCUUGAAUUACUUCGCUCGUGCCCUUGAUCUGUGCUUGUGUUUUCUUCAAAUCCAUUAUUUAUUCAAUUUAAGUGAAUUUAAAUAACUAUUUAGGAAGAAUUAUCGUUGCUCUAAUUAUUCUUGCUUUCGUCUUUCGUUUAGUCCAGUGGUCGGCAAACUCAUUAGUCAAAAGUAGGCCAGAGGUCGGCAAACUCAUGAGUCAAAAGUAGUCCAGUGGUCGGCAAACUCAUAAGUCAAAAGUAGGCCAGUGGUCGGAAAACUCAUGAGUCAAAAGUAGUCCAGUGGUCGGCAAACUCAUUAGUCAAAAGUAGGCCAGAGGUCGGCAAACUCAUUAGUCAAAAGUAGUCCAGUGGUCGGAAAACUCAUGAGUCAAAAGUAGUCCAGUGGUCGGAAAACUCAUUAGUCAAAAGUAGGCCAGAGGUCGGCAAACUCAUGAGUCAAAAGUAGUCCAGUGGUCGGCAAACUCAUGAGUCAAAAGUAGUCCAGUGGUCGCCAAACUCAUUAGUCAAAAGUAGGCCAGAGGUUGGCAAACUCAUGAGUCAAAAGUAGGCCAGAGGUCGGCAAACUCAUGAGUCAAAAGUAGUCCAGUGGUCGGCAAACUCAUGAGUCAAAAGUAGGCCAGAGGUCGGCAAACUCAUUAGUCAAAAGUAGUCCAGUGGUCGGCAAACUCAUGAGUCAAAAGUAGUCCAGUGGUCGGCAAACUCAUGAGUCAAAAGUAGUCCAGUGGUCGGAAAACUCAUUAGUCAAAAGAGACAAAAAAUCAGCAGCAGAACGAUUAUAAUUUAUUUAUUUAAAAAAAAAAAAUUUUUUUGAGAGCCAAAUUUAUUUGAAAGAACCUGUCAAGAACCAUAUUUUUCGGAUUGAAAACGAUUUGCGGCAGACUGGCCGAUCCGCACUAAGGUCGCUAAAGAGCGCAUCCGGAUCGCGAGCCGCAAUUUACCGACCACUGGUUUAGUCAUAUCGGACGAAAUUUUGUUCCUAUAGAAACAUGUGGAAAGUAUCCAAUAUUUUUUUUGUUUAAAUAUACCCGGGCAACGGUCUGGAAACUUGAGACGGAUGUAAAGUAAAAAAAAAAAUAAUGGAAAGUGCUAUCAAAUAUUCGUUUUUAAUUGUUUACAAUUCGCAUUGACUACCAUGAUCUUAUAAAAUGCCAUGUAUCAUACAGACUUUAAAUUGAUUUUUUUUGUGUAACUUAGCUUGCUGCUUAUUGAAAAUGUGCGCCAAUCAAUAACUGCAAUCUUUAACUCAUACAAUUUUGGACCGCAUGGCUAAGACAACUGAUUUGAUAUCAAGCUAAGUUUUUCCAACACUAUUAAUUUAGACACACCUUGUUAUAAUAAUAAUUUUACUGCCCCUCCCCCCCCCCCUUCCCCCCCCCCCCCCGCCCCACUCUCAAUUUUUCUUUCAGAUUGCUGGCAGACCCGUCUAGAUCAGAUGAGUCACGCAAGAUUUGAUGUGUCAAAUGUCUACAAAGGGCGGAGAUAUCUUUUGUCCAAAUUCGAUCGUGGGGUUUCUUCUCCGUUGGCGGAGGAGUCGUGCGAACUGUACGGCGGUUAUUUGGCCGAGUUUGACGACAACGACGAACUACUUUUCGUGCAAGGCUUCCUGAGGGCGAACAGCGUCGCGGGUUAUAAAAUGGUCAGGGUCGGGGGCACGGACGAGGGCCACGAGGGCACCUGGGUGUACCAGCGAAACAACAAGCCGAUGGCCUUUACGAAAUGGAUGCCUGGGGAGCCCGACGGAAUACCCUUGGACGACUGCGUGUACCUGUGGUCCGACCACGAAUGGCUGAUGGACGAUAGCAGGUGUAGUUUUUAUGAUUCCAAUUACAAUCCACGGUACCUGUGCGAGGUACCAGUGUAGAGGAGAGAGUGAAUAAUAUCUGUCAUGUUUGUGCAAUGCAUCAAUAAAAGUUCAAUUGAUCGCAUGCGUUGUGGAAUCUUAAUUUUAACAUUAUAUAAUCGUCUUUUAAUGCUUACAAUGAAAUGCAGAUUAAAUUGAUCGCGGUGUUAUGUAAAUGGCAUGGUGUUUCGUGAAAUGGCAAUUUUGUCAAUUUUGAAGUUUUCAAGAUUUUGACUGAUUUUAGCCGGUUAUGUGUCUUUGUGUGACAUGAGCCGAUUAUUGUCAGACUGACAUCAGCCGUUCAUCGUCUUUGACUGAAGUGUGCAGUAAAUUGUGUUUGACUUGCAUGAGCCAUAUAGUGUCUUUGAUGUCGCAGUCAGAUAGCGUGAUACGGUUCUUCUGUGUCAUGUCGCAAUGUUUGUGACAUUACGCGACUGAACGAUGUUAUAUUUCUCCUAUUGCUUGUUCCCCUUUCAUCACGAAUUGAACUCAGCCACCCAUGACCGCCGCCCAUGACCGCCGCCCACGACCGCAUCCCAUGACCGAUACCGACAACAGCGACUUAUGACCGCGACUAAAUGUUGAUUAAAACCCAUUGUAUAAAAUUUCGGAAUAUUUUUAUUUUUGAGUAAGAAUGAAUAUUAUUUUUCGAUAUAGGAGUGAAUAUAUAUUUUGGAUAGAUAAUUAUUACAUUUUUUCCAGGAGUUCUGUUGCUGUAUUGUUUGUGAUAGAAGUUGUAGGUCUUUUGGGCACCUCUGUUUCAUUCUGAACAAAAGUUAUUAUUUAUUUUACACUUUAACUGUCGUGUAGACGAACCCUGUAAAUAAAUGAACCUGAAACUUU